GGUGCACCGGCGUAGAGGACAAAUUGCAAGAUGAAGUUCCCGAAACCAUUUCCCAGCUUCAAUCAGCAGGGAUAAAAAUGUGGGUUCUGACAGGCGAUAAAGUGGAAACUGCAGUGCAGAUUGGGCAGAGUUGCAAGUAAGGGGCAGGGUUUAGGUGUUUCCGUUACCGUUUGUUAUGGCUCUCCUGAGGAGGAGAAGCAUAACCAAGAACGGGGAACACAAACACCAAAAGGCUACCUCCAAUGCAAUUUGUUGAACGAGAGCACGUAUAAUCUAGUGUUGACCGAUCCCGAUGCUACAGAGGUAGAGGAGAGAUUGAAAGAGUUUCAAAUAUGGCUCGACGCUGCGGAGAUCUUACAUGGUAUAGCCGAGGACUUAGUUUACUCUGAUGACGAAUGGACAGAGAGCAGCAGCAGUGGAGAAGGCACCAGCAUCGGCGCUCCUGGAGGCACCAGUAUGCAAGACAGUCCCGGACCUCCGGCAGUUCUCGAGCACCAGCAGUC